AUGCUGGGUUCCAGUAUACGGAUAAUGUUAUGUUUUCUUGUCUGCGUAGGUUUACUAUCAGACAACAGAUAUAAGGUCUCAGCAUUGAGAAGUUUCCUCAAAGAAACACAAGGAGACAAAGCUGGAGUUCAUCCAGGUGAAAUUGCUAAUUUGAAGAGCAUAAAUGUUCAUUUUAGGCACAACCGUGAAGAACACGGAAUGCUCAGCGGAAACCGGCGCAUUCUUGGGGAGAUUAACAAGGAUAAAGUUGAAGCUGAUGAGAAGAUGCAAGCACAAGAGAAUCAGACAAAGGAAUCGUUGCAAUCAAGCAAGAGACAUGUAAGACGAGGAUCAGAUCCUAUCCACAACAAAUCGCAGCCAUUUUCAUAAGUGGCACACCAAGAAUCAGUUACAGAAAAAGGCAGUACACUAUAGAAAUCCAAGAGGAAGAAGAAAAGGCGCAACAAUCAAGCUGGCGGUAGGUUAGUUGGCUAAUGAAGCCGUCGUAAUAUGAUUUUUCUGUUCAGACACACCAGGAGAACACACGAUUUUUCUUUUCAGAAUAUUUCUUUGGAAUCUUUUGUUUGCAUUAGUCAUAAUAAGUUUCUCGUAAGUUUUCUUCUUUCUGCAUUGCUUUGAUCCUCCACACAAAAACAUAUCUCAUGUGUAUACAAUAUCUCAAAGGUUUUGAUAAUCUCCAAAACUUCACUGUGAAACCUCUUUUGAUAUUAAAGAAAAG